AUGGCGCUGAUGUUCCCCUUCGUCGCCCUCGUGUUCCUCGCGACGGCGGCGCAGGCGGCGAGCGGUAAUGCCUGGCUGGCCCCCAUGCCCGAUGGGCUACCGGGUGUGGGCAAGGCUUUGGGCGCCGUGCUGGCAAUAGUGCCACCAGAAUCCAAGUCAUUCAUUGUUUUCACUGAUGGCGUUGAUACCGACGUUGUUCUGAAGGCCAUCGGAGACACAGUUGACCUUCCCAGCGUUGCAGUCAUGGAGGUGUCGUCUGGCCAGGAGUAUAACACCACUAUGAAGCGUUUGAUUGGCCACGCUCGCAAGGUCCGACAGUCGUUCCGGGGAGUCACGGUGGUCGUGGUAAGCGAAGAUCUCGACUUCCUCAGCGCCUUCGCCGAGAUGGCUGACGCAGGGCGCCUCUCGGUGUGGGACAACAGGGUCCUGGUGGUGACGAGACUCGAGAGGCGGCAGUUUCUGGGACUCAUGAAGGACCUCUGGCUCUUCUCCAUGCUGAACACCAUGCUCAUUAACAUGGACGACGAUGCAGACGAUAUCAGGUAUGGUUUGUACAGCCAUUUCCCGUACGGCCCAGGUGGCGCCCAGACGGUGCGCGUUGCCACCUGGACGCCAAAGAAAGGCAUGGUGUACCUCACUGAGCAUCCUCUCUUCCCGGAAAAGUUUACGAACUUCCACGGCGCGGCCCUGCCCAUCGCCAUCUGGCCCUUCGAGCCCGUCAUGAUGCAGGAGAGGGUGGUGGCGCCCAACGGCACGGAGUACACCAGGCUGUACGGGCGCGGCAUUCGCAUCCUGGAGGCCAUCGCCGGCCACCUCAACUUCGCCAUCGGCGAGGCGCUGCCCGCGAGGGUCAGCAAGGACAGGAUGGACCACGUGCUGUACCGUCGAGCCCUAAUCAGUCCGCAGAAGCUGGCUCUCCUGCCCCACCUGGCUCUGCGCUACGACUACACCUUCAUGAUCGAGGAAGCCACGCUCACCUUCUGCAUGGCCAAGCCCGAGCUGAAGCCUCGCUGGCAGAACCUCUACUACCCCCUUGGCGAGAGGGUGUGGGCCUCCAUCAUGGCGCUGCUUGUUAUAGUUCCAGCGACGUUCUUCUUGCUGACCAAAUCUCGAAUGCGACGCGAAGCGAAGGAGAAAUUCAGCCUCCUUGCCGCGACGGAGCAAGUGUUCGGAACUCUGCUCGGCCAAAGCUUCUCCCUUCCAACCGUGUCCUCAACCCGCGUCCUGGUGGCCUCUUGGCUGGUCGUGGCCUUCGUCCUGGGCUCGGCCUACCGCGGCAACCUCACCGCCUUCCUCACCAUCCCCAAAUAUCCCCCGCGGGUCGAAGGCCUCAGGGACCUCCUCAGGACCUCCGCUAAGGUGAUAAUGUCUCCCGAUCUCAAAAUCAACUUUUACACGACAUUCAAGGAGUCGAACUCAAGCAUGUCUGUGGAACUGGCUGAGCGGACGUACUUCUCGGAGACGCACCUUGGCGGGAUGCAGCAAGCCCUUGAGAAAAAGCAGCAGCGUGUUCAUGUUGAUGGUAGUUUUAGCGCGUAUUCCCGUAUGUCUUCUGGGGUUCCUCAGGAUCUGAUGAUGAUUCAGUGGUGGUGCUCUCGCUGGGGCAUGAAAUUAAAUCCUACUAAGUCUAAGGAAAUGAUUAUGAGUUGGCCUCGAACGCAGUUACCUCAGGAUCAAAGUCUGCUAAUCAAUGGAGCCUUAAUCACUUCAUUAGAUAAACCCGAAGCUCUUAGAGUUACCAGAAGUAUUAUGACCCUCAACUCAAUGACAUAUGAUGUUAGUCGAUCGUCUACAAAAUGUAAAGCUGUGUCAGUUUUCUUUAGGACUCAUAGCAGUGAAGACAACAUGGGUGGAUUCAGUGAUGAUGAAAUAAAUGUGGCUAUGCACCACUUUUUCUUCAUGAGAAAACAGAAUGAAGCCUUAAAGUUAAGUAUCAAUACAGAUGAUCCUAGUGAAACUGUUAGUGAGCAACUGAGUUAUCUGGAACUUAAACUAAUUGGAAUGCACACAAGAUUUAAGUCUAGCCAGCCAAACCUGGAGGCCACAGAUUCCAAUCACACAAAAUAA